AACGGCGGCGGCGUCCGGUUCUUCUUCUUCCGCCUGGUCCGGGAGGAGGGGGAGGCAGGGGUGGCAGGGGCGGCCGAGGUGCCAGCGAUGGACGAGGCGGCCGCCCCGGCCGAGCAGCAGCCGGAGCAGCCGGAGCGGCAGGAGCAGCCGGAGCAGCAGGAGCAGCAGGAGCAGCAGCAGGAGCAGCAGCAGGAGCCGCCGCCGCCGCUGAGCCUGCAGAAAGCGCUGCAGCAGUGCGAGCUGGUCCAAAACAUGAUCGACAUCAGCAUCUCCAACCUGGAGGGGCUGCGCACCAAAUGCGCCACGUCCAACGACCUCACGCAGAAGGAGAUCCGCACCUUGGAGACCAAACUGGUGAAGUAUUUUAGCCGCCAGCUCUCUUGCAAACGUAAGGUGGCCCUACAGGAGCGCAAUGCCGAGCUGGAAGGCUUUCCACAACUUCCGCAUUGGUUCCGCAUUGUCAAUAUCCGCAAGGAAGUGAUAGAGAAAAUCACUCCUGCUCAAUUGAGUUUGGAGGACUUUCUGGAAAUGACAGAUGAACAGGUCAGUGAGACAGCGGAGAAGUAUGGGGCCGACAAAGAGGAGUGUGCCAGACUCAAUGCCUCCCUUGCCUGCCUCAAGAUGGCUCUCAAAUCAGGAAGCAAUCUUUCCAAGCAAGAUUGGACCAUUCAGUGGCCAAAGACAACUGAGGCUAGCAAGGAGAAUCACCCACUGUCCCAAAUGGAGGCUGUGCAGUGGAUCCAUAAUAAUCUUGCUCCAAGCCCCAAAGGUCAGGCAAAGUGCAAUCAGAAUUACUGCCAACCGGCUGUGUCACACGGAGCGGUGUUUACCCAUGUGGAGAGGCUGACCGUGGAAAGCUUUCCAGGGCGGAGCCCUCCAUUGGGAUCUGGCCACCGCUCCUUGCCCCCCUCCCCGCGCCAGAGGCAUGUUGUCCGUACUCCACCACGCACCCCAAAUAUCGUCACAACCAUGACUGCGCAUGGCACCCCACCAGUCCGGAGGAAGAACAAGAUGAAACCAGCAGGCACACCACCCCCUUCCACUCGGAAACUGAUUCACCUGUUCCCAGGCUUCACAGCUUUACAUCGCAGCAAAUCCCAUGAGUUCCAGUUUGGCAAUCGAGUGGAGGAGGCUCACACCCCUAAAACCAAGAAAAAGAGUAAGCCUCUGAACCUCAAGAUCCACAGCAGUGUGGGGAGCUGUGAGAACAUUCCUGCCCAGCGCUCUCCUCUCCCAGAACGUUCCCUGCGAUCUUUCUUUGUUGGACACCGCCCUUUCCUUCCUUCCACCCCUCCUGAUGGCCCCUCCUCAACAAAUACACUGACAGUACCUCGGUGGUCCCCACAAAUUCCUCGGCGGGAUCUGGGAAACUCAAUCAAACACAGGUUUUCCACCAAGUAUUGGAUGUCUCAGACAUGUACUGUUUGCGGGAAAGGAAUGUUGUUUGGACUGAAAUGUAAAAACUGCAAGCUUAAGUGCCACAACAAAUGCACCAAAGAGGCUCCGCCUUGUCACCUGUUGAUCAUCCAUCGUGGAGCAAGAUUAGUCCGGACGGAAUCUGUGCCAUGUGAUAUUAACAACCCAUUGCGGAGGCCCCCCAAAUAUACCAAUCUGCAUGCUAGCCAGACCCUUCCCAAAACCAACAAAAUCACCAAGGAUAACAUCCCAGCACCCUACCAGCCUGAUUCCAGCAGCAAUCCCUCCUCAACCACCUCAUCCACCCCUUCCUCGCCAGCUCCUCCUCUGCCACCAAGUGCCACUCCACCUCCUCCCUUGCACCCCUCCCCGCAGUGCUUGCGGCAACAGAAACAGUGCAAUGUGCCAGGUGCCCCUUUGUCAUCCCAGUACUACAAGUCCAAGCAGGAAUUUGUCUUUCCGGAAAUUGUGCCUGAGACAUCUACCCGAACACCCCAAGUUGUUCUCCAUCCAGUGAAUUCUAGCACCAUCCUGGAAGACAGUCCAUUACUUCAAAUUGAAGUGGAGCCAACCUUCGAGAGAAAUUUUGAGGAAUUUGAGGAUGAGUUUGAUGAGAUGAACCUCUCCCUCCUUUCUGCUCGCAACUUCCCUCGCAAAGCCAGCCAGACCAGUAUUUUCCUGCAAGAAUGGGACAUCCCGUUUGAACAAUUGGAGAUUGGCGAACUGAUUGGCAAGGGCCGCUUUGGACAGGUGUUUCAUGGCCGUUGGCAUGGGGAGGUGGCCAUCCGCCUCAUUGACAUUGAGCGAGACAAUGAAGCGCAGCUGAAGGCGUUCAAGAGGGAAGUGAUGGCCUACAGGCAGACUCGACAUGAGAAUGUGGUCCUCUUCAUGGGUGUUUGCAUGAGUCCUCCCCAUCUUGCUAUCAUCACCAGCCUGUGCAAAGGACGAGCCCUCUAUGUGGUGGUGAGAGAUGCCAAAACCAUUCUGGAUGUCAACAAAACAAGGCAGAUUGCUCAAGAGAUUGUGAAGGGAAUGGGCUAUCUUCAUGCCAAGGGGAUUCUCCACAAAGAUCUGAAAUCUAAAAAUGUUUUCUAUGACAACGGGAAAGUUGUGAUCAGUGACUUCGGCCUCUUCACUAUAUCUGGAGUUCUGCAAGCGGGCAGAAAAGAGGAUGGGCUGCGUGUCCAGCAUGGCUGGUUAUGCUAUUUGGCUCCAGAGAUCAUCCACCAGCUCUCACCUGAGACAGAAGAAGACAAGCUGCCUUUUUCCAAGCAUUCUGAUGUCUUUGCUUUUGGCACCAUCUGGUAUGAGUUGCAUGCCCGGGAAUGGCCCUUCAAGACUCAACCAGCUGAGGCAAUGAUUUGGCAAAUCGGUCGAGGGAUGAAGCCAAACCUGAGCCAGAUUGGCAUGGGAAAGGAGAUCUCGGACAUUCUGCUCUUUUGCUGGGCCUAUGAACAGGCUGAACGACCAACCUUCUUAAAGCUCAUGGAGAUGCUGGAGAAACUGCCAAAGCGGAACCGUCGCCUUUCUCACCCUGGCCACUUCUGGAAGUCAGCAGAGCUGUAAGAGGUGACUCAGAGAGAUGAUGCCUUUUUAUGCUAUACCUUCCUUCCUCACUUCACCACCACCUCCUCAAUCCAUGGAAGGUAUGGCAACCUGAACAAGUCGCUGAACAAAAGAGCAACAGACUCAUUUUUUUUUCUCCAGAAUGAACCCAACACCCCAAUAGCAAGAGCAGGUGGGACAACAUUGGAAGUCCUACAAGAAUGCUCUUCUGCGCUGCCUUCUGCAAACAACAUUAGAAAUGUGGGACACCAUCUGGUCUUUGAACCCCUCCUGCUUUUUGCUCUUUCAACAGGAGCAAUGAAGAGCUUCAUUGGAGGGUCACCAUUUCUUUGAAGUUGUGAGCAACACCUUCCCCAACUGACUUGGGUUUUAUUCAAAUUGAGUUUAUUUACUGUGUUAUCUUAUUGUAUAUAUUUGUAGAUAAAUGCUGCUGAAUCUUUCCCCCUCCCCCAGUUAAAAUGCCUAAAAGAGUUGCUGCAAAAGAGAGCAAGAUUCCUGAACUAUUGGUAAUCCAGCUUUUAAAGGUGCAGUAAUCCUGCACUCUUUUGCAUCUGUUUGUCCUCGCAGCCGGUGAGGGUCCCCUGGUAGCAAAUUCCUCAUUUGAACAUCCGAGAACUCAAAUGGGGUUGAUGAAUUUGUGACCCUCCAGACAUUGUUGGAUCACAACCAGAGCUUGGCUUGGUGACUUUUGAGACUGCAACUCCCAGAAUCCUCCAGCUAGCACAGCCAGUUGCUGUGUAAACUAGGGGGAAUUCUGGGGGUUGCAGCCCUAAAGUCACCUCUGCAAACUCGGGCUGUAACUCCCAUGCCUCUUCACACUCCACUGUGCUGGCUGGGGCUGAUGGGAGCUUCAGCCCGGCAACCUUAAGUAGACCCUGCAGCCUUUGCCCCUGCCCUGCCCUUUGUGGUUAUCAGUCUAGUCUUUGCAGUUGUGCUUGUUUCUUUGGCGUGUGGAACUGGUUGCUUUUCCAGCCUUCCUUGCUCUCUCUGUUGCUGCUUCCUUCUUGAUUGUACGUGGCAUAUUCGGUGUCUCAUGUAGGCGUGUGUCAGUGCUUGGAAAUGUUACUUUUGUGGACUAGUGAGGAAUUGUACAACCUGUCGCUCCUAUAGCUAGCAUUUCCAUAGUCUCCUUCUAACCAGGAGCUGCUUUUGGCUGCUUAGAUAUUUGAUCAGGCACGCAUACAUCCAUCAGUGCUCUGCUAGAUGGUGCGAACAAUGUGACCUGUGUGCCAAGUGAGCUUGUGGAAUCCUCCCCUUCUACCCCUGCUUCAGCUCCAGUUGCUGCCUGACUGAGGUUAGCAAGAUGUAGGGUCCCAGAAAUAGUGAAGGGGAAAGACAGGAGGAAAAACCUACCCCAUUGGAGUAGUGGUGAGUGGGGUAUGUUUGUCCUGUUUUUUCCCCAAGACUUUUAUCUGGGCCUUUGCAUCUGUCUUCUCAGCAGUUAGGACUCCCUCCCAUCCAUGUGUUUGUACUAUAGCUGAACAUUCAGACAUCAGGCCAGCCUAUUACUUCUGAUGGAGGAGGUAGAUGCUGCCCUGAUGCUAUAGUUGUUGUAAGGUUGCCUCUGUACAUAGUUCUAUGUUUCAGGAACAUUUCAAACAGGUUGUUGUUUGAAAUGACGUGUUACGGCAUCUGACGAUGCCUUGCUUACUAAUGGGAUAAGAGGGCUAUUUUCUUCAUCUUAUAACCCCCCCCCCCCGGGGGGGGGAGGGACUCAUUGUAGAAAGGAAACCAAUAGGGUUCCAACAUUUCAUAUUAGAAUAGUGGCAGAAUUUCUUCAUAUUUAUUUAUUUAUUAUUUAUUUAUUUAGAUGCUAUAGUUGCACCCUAUAUUUCCUCUGUUACGCUGUCAUAACGUACAUGGCUCUUCUUCUUCCAACCCUUGUAGCCAGCCGCUUAGCUGGGCCAGAUUCUUGUUGCUAGGCCCACAUUCACCACAUCUGUCUCAUGGUCAAGUGGGAGUUAAACCCUGGGUCUCGACCGUAAUAGUCCAACCAUGGCUUUUCAAUGCUUUUGAUAUUUCUCUCUCAAUCCCACGCCCAAAGAAAGCUACUUUCCAGUUUUCUUUCUCCUGAUAGUCUGGUCUAAUUUCUGCAUGGCAAUCACAGUGUUUCUUCCACAGUAUGGGGGCACUGUAACAAGUGCAGAAUUGCUGCUGGAGCCACAUGGAGCAAGAAAACUGAAAUGAAACAGUUUGGGGAGGGCAGAGGGGCGCAAUUUGCUGCUGUGGCUAAUGGUGAGCCCUUCCCUGAGAAAAUGGAGAAAUCCUUCCCUGCUAGACUCUAGUGCUUAACUCUCACUUGUUGACUCUGUCACUGUUGAGUCCAAGUCUUGGUUCUCCCCCAAGUUUCCGUGUCUUUGAGUUGUCUCUCCAAAGCUAUGCUUUUCAUUCCGUGCAUCUCCUCUUGGGUCAGAUCUGUGCGAUGUGUCACAAAUAUUUUGCUAAUCCCCAAGCCUUGGUAACACAGGGCAAGGAUGGCAAAACCUUCAUGUACAUCAGAGGUCUUCCAUGACCAGUCCGGAUGGUUAUAGGAGAGGUGAGGUUCGCUGACAUUUCUUCGUUCCAGCCCUCACAGCAAGGAAUCUGGCUGGUCCAACUGAAAUGUUACGUAUUUUGAAAGGAAAUGGGGUAGGAAGUUGGCAAACACCAAUUGCCUUCAUAAUCUGUUUAAGAGGUAUGAUUCCUUUGGUUGUUGUGGAAGCGGAAGGUGGGUGACUUUGGCAGCCUGGGGCCCACCAUUUUAAUCUUACAGGCUGCCCAAGCCCAGACAUAAUGGAAAAAAAUGCCAAAAGGGCAUGGCCAAAAGUAGCCUUCUGGCCUUAUUUUAUGAGUUGGGGGCAUCAUGUUCCCAAUGUUCUCAUGAAAUCACUGUUUCUUUUGGCCUCCAGUAGCAAAAAAGCAUUUAAAGCUGUUUAAAAGUGUUUUUGCAGCAUGAGGGGACAUUACAGGGUCCCUGGGAAGCCUUCGGGUGGCAAAAGUAGGCUUUGAGGGCUGCCUCUGGCUCUCUGGGCACCUUUGCCAACUCCUCAGUAGACACUCUGUAACUGUGGAAUUUUACUCAUUUCACUUGCUUGGGCUGAACCCAAACAUCCAUAUUCUUUCAGACUAAAGAGGGAUUCUCCCUUUUUGUGAGGGCAGGAUAAGUGUUUCAUAACUUUGUUCUCCAUUUCCAUCCUCUCAUCAUAGCUGAGUUGUUCUAACGGUGAUUGCAACAAUCAUUCAUCAGAGAGGUGCCAUUCUUUCUUCUCUUGUAAUGAAAUCAAAAACUAAGCAUGACCUGAGAGAAUGAGGGUCGGAAGCUGCAACUCAAUUUGACUUCAGGAGAAAGAAUCCAAUUAGGCAGGUCUGGCUGAGAACAAGGGUAUGACUGCCUUUCCUCCAUCAGAGUAUUUCAGCCAUGGACAAGUGAUGCUCAUGAGGAGCAGGGUACUCCAUCUCUGCUAGCAGCGGGGGGAGACAAAGAACUUGACCCUCUGCAAAGCAUGAAUGAACAAUUGCUAAAAGGGUUAGACAGUGUGUCCUCUGCCAAUAGGGCAGGGCAAGGGAACAUUUUCACAGUAGAAUGCCCUCUUGCUUGGCAGGUACAUUGGUUGGCAGCUGGAGGAGAAUGUUGAUGAAGGAGGGCAGACAGAUAGACAGACAGAGGGACAGACAGACAGAAGUAGGUAGUAUUAAUUUUAUUGAUCAGUGCUUAGGGCAUAUCACAAUACCAAACCAAACAACAAGGCUUGAUAAGACCUGAUUGCACUCUAUGGGACAGAAGUAGGUAUUUAACCCAUG